AAACAAACCCAUUUCUCUAUUUUCUAUUGCCAAAAAACCUCCUCGAGAUCCUAUUUUUUUUAAGUCCCUUUUCCAUCCUUUUAGGUACAUUAAACCUCAGAAGCCAUGUGCUACAUCGCAGGUAUUUCUCCAUUAUAAAAUCCAACUUGAUUUUAAUGUGCAAAUUCUGCACUUGCUAUUUGCCUCCUUUUUUUCAAAAUAUGAGUUACCAUCGAUAUAAAAGAUAAACCAAAAAAAGUUAUUCGUAUGUUAGCUCAACUCCCAUAUAAUAAUGGAGUUAUUUAAUUUUGCAUUUUCAUAUAUGUGUAACACGUAAAUAACCAAACUAUUUUAUUCACCGUGUCUAUCGUUACUCGCAUAAUAAAUUAAUGAAUCCGAGAAUGACAGCCACAAAUAUUUUUUCUUUUGAACAAGUAGCCACAAACAUUUUGAUUGAAGGUAAUAGAUGAGAGCGUUUAUAUAAAUAGCACAACUGAUUAGUGGUCAUCAAUUAAUCCACCAAUCAGGAGACCACAACCCACAGUCAAACUUGAACACGAAAAAUUAAUCUAGACUGGUCGUUGAAUUUCUUCAUCGUUGAUUUAAAUCCUCUGCCAGUCCAAUUGUUUCCAUUCCUUUUUACCCUAAUUUCUUCUACCCCAUUGCCCACCACAUACCAAAUACGUCUUUUCCUUUUCCACCUGAAUCAUACUCUUUUUCACAGAUAAAGAAUUUCUGGUUUUUUUAGUCUCUGUUUCUUGCAAUCUUCCAUGGGUGGUGAUGGAGUAGCUUCUGAAGAUGCUUCCCAUAAUCAUCAAGUUCUGAAAGUACUUGGAGCCCUUAAAGAAGCAUCUCACCAAUUACAGAGAACCAGUUCCACCACAGAUUCCUCUAAUUCUUCCAUUAAAGCUUUACUGGACCUUGAAUUCCUGUCAAAAUCGAUUCUUUCUUCCGACCGGCAGCUUUCCGGCCUCUCGUCUCAUCUCUCCGACCUCAAAAAUUUGAUCCAGACCCAAGAAAUUUCCAAGCCCAGAACCGGUUUGAGAUCGUUUCUCGCGAACCGGGUCAGAGCCCAGGAGAUCUCCCGGGUUGCCAACUCGAUCGAGUCGGAAAUUCAAGCUUGGAUCGAUCGAGAAAACGUAGCUAAUCUUACUAAAACCUUGGAAGAAUGGUCGGAUGAGGAAAGUCUGUUGACUCAGCUGAGUCAACUCAGGAACAGAUUGGCUCUGGGUUUUGACAUUGAUUUGCAGAACACAUUGUUAAAGUCGAGAUUAAUUUCCGAAUUGGAAUCUUUGCUCUGCAGAACCGAUGUUUCGAAAAGGGUUCGGGAAAUGGUUGCUUAUAGUUUGAAAGAAGUGGUGCUUUUUAACAAAGAUGUUUUUAUUGGGGAGAUUCGUGUGGGACAAAUCAUAAAAGCGUUGGUAUCAAUUGGAUCUUUCUGCGCUUUGGAAGUUCUGAAAUCGCUGAUAAAAGCCAUCAAAAGCCCUUUAGUGGACGAAUUGGAGUCAUGUGGAGGAAUCAAUAAGAUAAUCAAUGCACUGGAUUCAGCUGAUAUGGCAACCAAAAUCAUGGCAGUUGAUUGCUUAAUGGAAGUUGGAUAUUAUGGAAGGAAAGAAGCCAUUGAAGCAAUGUUAAACGGAGGGCUUAUCAAGAAGCUGGUUUAUUUGCAGAGGUCAGAAUUAAGUGAUUUAGAACAGGGGAAAUCUGAUGAAUUUGUUGGGGUAGAAAAGAAUAGGAGAAGGAGAAAAAUUAGUGUUUUAGAGGGUAAUCCAUUUGCAAGCUGUGUAGCAAGAUUUGCAGUCCAGUUGGAGAUUGGGGAAGGAUUGAGGCAAAGAGAGAAAAGGGCAUUUAAGCAGGAGAUCUUGAAGAGGAUCAGGGAAGCCUCCAUUUCUGAUGCUGAAGCUGCUACUAUUAUUGCUGAAGUUCUAUGGGGUUCUUCACCAUAAUUUUAGUUCAAUGCCUUUUCUUUUUGUUGUUGUUUGUUGUAAAGCUGUGCACAAUUUUGUAGUUUUAUUUUUGUAUAAGCUUGUAAAUGGAGUCUGCAGAUCUGCAAUAAGUGCCACUAUAAUAUUUUGAGUUGCACAUUCAAAUUCAAGAUUCGUUUUUUUUCAGAAAAAAGUGGUCAUUGAUCUUGGCUGUGUCGUUAUUUAUACUCAACUGAGUUGUAAAAUCCUAACAAGACUUAACUGAACUAAAAACAUUAUACUUGCAAGAUACAAAAAAAAAAUACUACUCUCUCCGUCCCA